GCGCUUUUCGGUGGCUGCAGGCCCGACAGGGAGCGCAGAACUUUGACAUGGAGUCUUCCAGCUCUAGGUCUAUGCAUGUGGAUGAAUGGCAGAAGAAUUACUUUAUAGUUACAUCUAGCACAUGUACACCAACACAGAAGGCAGAUGCAUACCGUGCACUAAUACUCCGUAUUCAACAUGCACGUGCCAACUCUGAGAUCUCUCAGGUCUGUGCUACCAAGCUGUUCAAAAGGUAUACAGAAAAAUAUUCUGCAAUUAUUGAUUCUGACAAUGCUGAAACUGGCUUGAAUAACUAUGCAGCAAGCCUUCUUGCUUUGGCAGGAUCCCAACAGGCUGACAGUGACAAGUGGCAAUCUGGAUUAUCAAUAAAUAAUGUUUUCAAAAUGAGUAAUGUACAGAAGAUGAUGCAAGCUGGCAAGAAACUGAAAGAGUCUCUGUUGAAACCUGCUGAUGCAUCAGUAGUCUUCGGUAAAGAACACACUAUCUUUGAGCUUAGUGCUUGUAGAGGUUCUAGAGCACGUGACCAGUCCAGUUCAGUUCGUGACACAGACAAGCCCCAAGCCAUCCCAGGGAGCAGUCGGGGACAUUCCUCGUUUCAUAGUGCUCUGGUACGCACUACUGCUAAGACUUGUCCCACCUCCUCAACACCUUUAGGUGAGUCAGCCAAUGCAACAUUUCACACUACACCGUUAUUUGGAAAUACCAAAAGGGAAAGUCACAGCUCUCCUAAAACCAACUCAGGACUAAAUAUGUUCCAAUCUAAUCUGUCCUGUUUUCCUUCUGGCUGUGAAAAUCCACGAGAAAAGAAAUCUUUUUAUGACCCUGGCACCAUUGACAUGUUGUCCAAUCUAACACCAAACAAGGUUUUUAGUAAAACAGAAGACAGUGGCCAAAGGGAAGAUGAUAGCCUGCCUACCUUUAAAACUGCAAAAGAACAAUUUUGGGCAGAGCAAAAAAAAAAGUGCCACCGAUCCCAGCAUACAUCCAGAUCUUCAUCUGGUGGUGUGAAAAAGUCUCUGGGAGCUGGGAGAUCGAGGGGGAUAUUUGGAAAGUUUGUUCCUCCUGUAUCUAAUAAGCAAGAUGAAAAUGAACAGAGUAGAAAGAUGAAGCACAAGUCUACUAGGGCAGAGUCUCCAGAACCAGAACACCCCAUUGAUGACCGUCUGAAGAACGUGGAGCCAAGGAUGGUCGAACUUAUUAUGAAUGAAAUUAUGGACCAUGGGCCGCCAGUAAAUUGGGAUGAUAUUGCUGGAGUAGAAUUUGCCAAAACCAUAAUAAAGGAAAUUGUCGUGUGGCCCAUGCUGAGGCCAGAUAUCUUUACUGGAUUACGAGGGCCCCCUAAAGGGAUUCUGCUCUUUGGGCCUCCAGGGACUGGUAAGACUCUGAUUGGCAAGUGCAUUGCUAGUCAGUCUAGAGCAACAUUCUUCAGCAUCUCUGCUUCAUCUUUGACUUCUAAGUGGGUAGGUGAAGGGGAGAAAAUGGUCCGUGCAUUGUUUGCUGUUGCAAGGUGUCAUCAGCCAGCUGUGAUAUUUAUUGAUGAAAUUGAUUCUUUAUUGUCUCAACGAGGAGAUAAUGAACAUGAAUCUUCAAGAAGGAUAAAAACGGAAUUUUUAGUUCAGUUAGAUGGAGCAACUACAUCUUCUGAAGAUCGUAUUCUCAUGGUGGGAGCCACAAAUCGGCCCCAAGAGAUUGACGAGGCUGCCCGGAGAAGAUUGGUGAAAAGGCUCUAUAUUCCUCUUCCAGAAGCUUCAGCCAGGAAACAGAUAGUAGUUAAUCUCAUGUCGAAGGAGGAGUGCUGCCUCAGUGAUGAAGAAAUUGAACUGGUGGUGCAGCAGUCUGAUGGGUUUUCUGGAGCAGAUAUGACACAGCUUUGCAGAGAGGCCUCUCUUGGUCCUAUCCGCAGUUUGCACACUGCUGACAUUGCUACCAUAAGCCCAGAUCAGGUUCGACCAAUAGCUUAUAUUGAUUUUGAAAAUGCUUUUAGAACUGUGCGACCCAGUGUGUCUCAGAAAGAUUUAGAGCUUUAUGAAAACUGGAAUGAAACAUUUGGUUGUGGAAAGUGAACACAGCAAUUGAGGAACUGUCAUCUAGUAACCUUUAGCAUAGGAAGCUUGGGGUGUGCCCUGAACUCUGUGCCUCACAUAAGAAUGAUAACAGCUAGACUACUUAUUGAUAUAUUAGUAUGUUGUGUUUGCCUUGAAGUUAUUGUGUGAUGUAUAAGCUCACUUCAUUUAAACAGAAUGGCAUUUUGUUUCUAAGUGAAUUGAUAUUAGAAUGUUAGUGUGGUAAUAAUAAACGUCACUGUAGUAUGGCUUACAUUUGAAACAGCUUUCUUGGCUUAGAAAGAGAUAAGAUCUUACCAAAGGCUAGACUGAAAGCAACAGGAACUAAACCACAUUAACCUGUGCUGGCUUGUAACUUGUGGGU